AUGGAUGACUAUAGAUGUUGGAACAAACAUGGAGAAGAAGGUGUCAAUGAGCGAGAUGGUGAGGAAGGACUUCAUGAAACUUGUGCCAGUGGCAAUGAGGAAGCACCCUUUGGCAAUGAGGAACUAUGUGAUGAUGAUGUAGCAGAGAUUGCUGCCAGCCCUGUCCCUAUGGUUGAGAAUCUAGAGGAGAUGGUGCAUGAUGCCUUUGGCUUUGAUGAGUACACUGGUUCAGAGUUCAAGAAGCUAAAGCAGCUGUUGGAAGAUAUGAAGACACCACUCUAUCCAAGUUGCAAGGGGUUCACUAAAGCUUCUCCAACUGAAGGCGGAACUUUCAGGAAGGGAUUCUGGCUAAUGGGAGAAGUUCAUGUCAUCAAGGAUGUAAAUUGUAGAAUGAUAUGUAAAUUGUACUAG